GAACAUCGAGCAUGCUCGACAAAACCCACUAAAAUGGCGCUUUCACUGAUACUCGCAACACUUUUCACCUACUUCUUGGUGAGGCCGCUGGUCUCCUACCUCUAUGAUGCCAAAAGCCUUCGUAAAUACCCAAACGUGAACUUUCUGGCCGGGUUUACCAGUCUCGCUUAUGUCUGGGAGCGUCGGCGCAGUUUCCGAACCAGACACUUACAUCUCCAACAUCAACACCACCCCAUCCUUCGUCUCGGGCCCAAUACCCUUUCCUUUGCCGAUACGAGAGCGAUCAAAGAUAUCUAUGGCCAUGGUACCCCUUGUCGGAAGGACGAUGUGUACAUCUUGACGAUAGGCAGCCAUGCACAUGUUCUUAAUGUACUGGAUCGAGAGGAUCACGCACGGAAGCGCCGCAUGUUGUCCCACGCCUUUGCGACCCGCAAUCUCGAGCACUGGGAGUUCAAGAUCAGCGACAAGAUCAGAAGGCUUAUCACUCAGCUAGACCAGCGAUGUACGUUGCCCUUGUCGGUCGGCGAGCAGGUCAUACCUUCCGAUCUGACUCUCAAUUUCCGCCUGUGGUCAAAUCUUUUCACCAUCGAUGCCAUCGCCGACAUUGCAUUGAGCGAACAGCUUGGGAUGCUGGAUUCCGGUACGGAUAUGAUGCAGGUUAACGGAUUGAAUCGGCGCCUCAGCUAUAUCGAGAGCUUGCAUGCGGGAAAUCACGUUACCUCCCUCUUUUUCGGUGCAGCCGAUUGGUUCUCACUGUUCAAAACUCUGUCAAGCCUCCUUUCUCCGCAUUGGCGCAAGCAAUGGAACCAUGCCCAGGCUUUUGGUGGGAUUGCCAGUGCCCUCGCAGGAAAAAGACUGCAAAAACACGAGGAUGGCGACCGGCUGAGUGAUAUCUUUGCAUGUCUGAUUGAAGACAAGGCGGGUAAAUCCCGAUGCCUUGACCGGGGUGAGAUUGAAGCUGAGACACACCUUCUCCUCGAUGCCGGCUCCGAUACAACAGCAAUAGCUCUAACCCAUGCCCUGUACUACCUACUUAAGCACCCACACUGCCUGGCCGAGCUCAGGAAAGAGGUGGAUGAUGCACUGUCUGGAGACACCAUCGCAUCAUAUGAAAAGGUGAGGAAUCUACCAUAUUUGAAGGCAUGUCUCGAAGAAUCACUGCGCCUCUCACCCCCCGUUUCACGCGGUCUCGAGCGAAGAACUCCCCCGGAAGGUAUGCGGAUCAUGGGGGAAAUGAUUCCUGGUGAUGUCGCGGUAUCUGUUCCGACCUACGUUGCCCACCGCGAUCCACUACUCUUCCCAGACCCGGAUGCGUACCGCCCAGGGAGAUGGCUCGACAACACCGAACAGACCAAGCAAAUGCGAGAGGCAUUCAUACCAUUUAGCACAGGCGCCCGUGGGUGCAUUGGAAGAAACAUUACAAUGAUUGAGCAGCAGAUCUGCAUCGCCACGUUGGUGCAUAGAUAUGCUUUUGCAUUACCGUCACCGGACUGGACCCUGGACUGGCAUGAGGCAUUCCUCCUGUGGCCGAGUCAAAUGCCACUGAGGAUCUGGAGAAGGGAUGUUUGAGGGCCCAGGAUUGGACAACAUCACAUGGG